AUGACCGCCACCGCAACCUACGUGGAGAGUGAAAACACCGAGAUUAUUCUCGGUGAGCACAGCUGCUUCGAGUCGGCUGCGCAGAUGAUGACGCAGGAUCAUGCACUCAUUCAUAUUCAUAUCUCGGGAGCCUUGACUGUGACCAAAGAGGUGAUCGACACAGCCCGUGAGGGAGGCAGGGGCAACCUCGGAUUUGCGCGUUUUACGUUCAACAGCGGUGAAGAACAUUACCAGUCUCUUAACGAGCGGAUGUUCAUCGGCGAAGGUCAGCUUUUUAUGGGAACUGACAACCGACUCUAUAUCGAGUACGGUAUUAGCGAGAUUGUACCCGGCAACUAG